UAGUCGCCUCGAGACCGUCGCAAUACGCGCUACGCCGUAGCGCAGGGAUUUUGUAGUGCUUUAACAAAACUUAAAUAAUGUUAAUAUACAAUUUCGUUACAGUGCAUAAAAUGUGGUUAUAAAUAUAUGAAAAUUUGUGCUCAGUAGAUAGAGACGGUUUACUAGUUAAUAAACAAUGUUUUCAGCAAAUAAAAGUGUAGUUUUAAGAAUAGCUAUUUUUUUUCUCACAACACAAGGUUUACUAUGUCUACGAAAUGCACACAUGGUAAUACCAGACGCCGUGGAGAGGGGAAAACCUGCAGUCAUUAAAUGUAUAUUUGAGCUUGAAAAUGAAGAUUUAUAUCAAGUUAAAUGGUAUCGAAACGAAGAGGAGUUUUGUAGAUACUCACCAAGAGACGUACCUCCUUUGAAGGUCUUUUCUGUGCGUGGAAUAGAAGUUGACCAUGAGGAGAGCGAUGCUAAGAAACUGACAAUAAAGGCGACAGAAGAAGCACGCGGCCUAUACACGUGUGAAGUAUCAGCUGACGCCCCAUCCUUUUUUACGUUGCAAGUUCAUGGCUCUCUAAAUAUAGUGGACCUCCCCAAGUCGGAUCCAGAAUUAAAGGGCUUGAAACGUUACUAUCGCCCUGGGAUGAAGCUAAAGGCAGAAUGCAUAAGUCAUGACUCUAUGCCGGCAGCUAAUCUCUCGUUUUUCAUCAACAACGAGCAGGCACUUUCACAGCACGUGUGGCAUAGGGUGGGUGGCGGUGAAAACGGCAGCCUUUGGACUGCGUACAGUACAAUGCAAUACGUGGUACAAAAACAUCACUUUGUCAGAGGCAAAAUAAAGAUCCGGUGUUCAGCGGCGAUAUAUUCGAUAUACUUCAGAAGCCACGAGAGGGUGGUUGAGGAAGAAGGUGGAGGGACUACCAUUGCCCCACUCCCUGAGACGAGGGAAGCUAUCGUCUUCCCCAUACAUCGUAUAUCUUUUAAUAAUGGAUCCGAAAAUGGAGGGAUGUCAUACAGCACUGAGUACCGAGAAGUAUGCAUAUUACUGAUCUUCACAUAUGUCAUCAGAUAAAUUAUAGAUACUAAUAAAAAUUGUAGCUAGGCACCAACUAUCUGAUCACAACCUAAUAAAAGCUUAAAACCUCCUUGUUUAAGAAAUGCUGGGAAUAAACUGCCGGCGGUAAUGAAUUUCCAUUGUAAAAUACUAAGUAAUAACGUGGAUAAUAUUACUUUGUUACAUAUAAAAUAUAUAAAAGGUCACUUUAUUUUCUGUUCUGCCCGUUUCUUUUACAUUCGGUUACGACGCGAAUAACUGUUUCAGGAUGAAAGGUAUUUUUUGUGAACAUUCAUUAAAAAAUCUGCAUAAUAAACACUAUGUCCCUUUGUACAAUAUCAUUUAAUAAGCGCCGCGUAAAGUUUUCGAUUUUUACCUUUUUUGCUUUUAGAGAGCGAAAAAAAUGGUUUAUUAUAUAAUUUUGGAAAGCAUGAGGUCAGUCACUAAAGCUACCACUUUAUCUUGCAUAAGCAUUAAGAAGCCCAAAAACUUUUCAGGUUUUAAAACAUAAUAUACAAACAUAAAAUAUUUAUAGAACUGUUGAGCCGAAUACCAACAAAACAAUGCGACCAUCAUUUUUCAAGAGCAUUUAAGACCAUUUCACGCACAUUCGAAAUUGUAUUAAGCUAUUAAUCACAACCACCAUUUACGCAAACAUACAAGCUUGGCCCUCGGUUGUAUGUACUGGCAUUUGGCAGUUUUCCCACGACACUCUCUGAUUCAGAUCCGAGCGAUUUUGGCAAUAAGAUCUAAAAAUUCAAAUGAGAAAACUUUUAUGGCGCAUCUAAUCAAAAUUACAACUUUAAAUUAAACUCACGAUGAAUAGUUUCACUAUCUACGAUACCUUUACAGUUUUAUUCGAAACACUGCCCUGCGAUUCUGUAACUCACUUUUCGAACUCAAACAGCGGUUUUCGCAUCGGCGCGCGGUCGCCCUCAAAUCAGUCGUGAAGCAGUCAUUUUA